GUGUCAUCCUGACGCACUCGGUAUUUGUUGUGGACGGAUUAACACUCCAUCUAGGGCGAACACAGCGGGUAACACGCCAGAACGUACCAGAAACGGGCCUCAUAACUGAGCCAACUUUCUCAUAGGUACAUUCUGCAGAUCUGUUAGGACAGACGGACCACUGCGCCGUGUUCUCCUGACUUGCCAGCAUCCUCUCGUCAGCUCAGACGGGCAUCAUAUCUUGGCGCUGGGUGCAUCCUUCCGAACAUGGAGAGAACCAUCCCAAUCAGCCCGGGCCCGGACGUUCUGUCUCCCAGGGCGUUCUUCGAGCAACACUUCGGACAGGGCGCGUGGGAGAAGCAGUUCCUCGGUGCCAACGAUGACAAGGCCUGGGACUCCCUGUCCAAGAGCCCCCGGAGCCUGUUCCAGUUCCCUCCGCCUGCCACAGCGCCGAGUAUCGGACAAGACAGGUUUUACGUGGAGCUAGACAUGAAGGAUUAUGCGCCUGAGCAGAUCACGGUGAAGACCAUUGACGGGAAGAAGCUCAUCAUUCAUGCCAAGAAGGAGGAGAAAUUGGAGGUCACCGGCCGUAAGGUCACCAAGGAAUUCUCACGAGAGUACAUCAUCCCCUCACUCGUUGACUACGAGACCAUCUCGUCCUACAUCACGCCGGAAGGCGUCCUGACGGUACAGUCUGCUGAACAUGUGCCCGUGCGGGCCCCGCCACCACCCACCCUGGUGACACCGAGCGGGAGAACCAAGGCUGGUACUACAGGGUUCAAAACAAAAACCACCAUCGGAUUCAACACGUGAAUGGCCGUUUCCUUCAGCAAUGUCGUGGAAGAUACAGGGAAAGUAGUUAAUACGAUCACAGCUUCCUUUGGUAGCGUGCAAUGAUAUCACAGUCACGCAAUUGCCAGCGACGUGUAAAACAUCUUAUGUUCUUACCAGCAAACUUUUACUUCUAUUGACUCGUACAGGGUUGAGGAUUUCCUAACAUGUCAUUAGAUGUACUAGUUCAUGUUGAAAGUGAUAGACCAGUCACAGCGUCGUUUUUCCUGAAAGGGGGUGGAGCGCACAUCCUGGAAAGAUCACAGAUAUUCAUAAGUGUGCUAAUCAGAAAUUUCAUAUAUUGACUAAAAAGGAGUAAAUCGUAGCUACCAUACUCGUAAAAGGUAAUUUAUUUUUCGAAUUUGCCCGAAUAUAUAUAUAUUUUUGCAGACAAUGUGAAGAAAAAAUAUGUUUAUUCACUACUUCUAUAUUGGCAGAGUAUGAAAGCAUGGAGCUCUUCUCCCCUCUAAGCAUUGGGUGAUUCAUGUAUAAACGUGUGUCACGGUCAUGAAUAUGACUUGCUGAAAAGGAUGGUUAGUGCACUGUUUGCAUGAUUCCCUCUGUAACCACCAGUUGUUUAGGAGAUAAAUAUUCUAUUAUCAAUAGCAGUGUGCACUCAUAGACAAGGGUCAUUAUUACCGUACAGUAAUCAAUGUGAGCAUUCAAGUGAGUGAAGUACAAAUAUACUUAAUGAUUGUCGCUGA